AACCCCUUGUCUCCCUCUCCCUCUCUCUCUCUCUCUCUCUCUCUCCCUGUGUUUUUAACAGCAGCAAUGGAGUCCAAGCUAUUAGAAGUUGCCAUAACAGGCACUCCAGCCCAUAUUACCUUCAAAUCUUCAAGACCCACUUUGCAUUUUGCCUCCAAAGCCACCUUUAUAUCCCCUGAAUCAAAUUUUGUUGCAAAUGGGUGUCGCCCUAUUCAGGCUUCUUUUUCUUCUACUACUUCUCCUUCUUCCUCCUUUCCAAUCAGACUUGUAAAGAAGAAAAGAGUGGAUGAGAGUGACACCUUGACUCUACCCUUUAUAAGACACUCUUUAAUCCAACAAGAGGAUAGCAUAAUAUUUAGCCUUUUGGAGAGGGCUCAGUAUUGUUACAAUGCAGACACAUAUGACCAUGAUGCAUUCUCCGUGGAUAGUUUCAAUGGAUCUUUGGUUGAGUUCAUGGUCAGGGAAACCGAAAAGCUCCAUGCUCAGGUGGGCAGAUAUAAGAACCCAGAUGAGCUUCCUUUUUUCCUAGCAGACCUACCUGAGCCGAUGCUUCCACCUUUGCAAUAUCCACAGGUGUUGCAUCCCUGUGCUGAUUCAAUCAAUAUAAACAAUAAGGUGUGGAAUAUGUAUUUUAGAGAUCUUCUUCCAAGAUUGGUCAAAGCAGGAGAUGAUGGUAAUUGUGGGUCAGCUGCUGUUUGUGACACACAUUGUCUGCAGGUGCUUUCCAAGAGAAUCCACUAUGGUAAAUUUGUUGCGGAAGCAAAAUUUCGAGAGUCCCCUGCUGCAUAUGAGGAUGCCAUUAAAGCAAAAGACACGGCUCAACUGAUGGAAUUGCUGACAUAUGAAACAGUGGAAGCAGCAAUUAAGAAAAGAGUAGAGAUGAAGGCUAAAACAUUUGGGCAAGAUGUAAUGGUCAACCAGCAGGAAGAUGUGGCUGAUCCUGUAUACAAAAUCAAGCCAAGUUUAGUUGCCAAUCUGUAUGGGGAAUGGAUCAUGCCUCUAACAAAGCAAGUUCAGGUUGAAUACUUGCUGAGAAGAUUGGAUUAAAUAUAAGAAUGUGUGUACUCGAUGUUUCUUGCUUUGACAUCUUAUAGGGUCUUCAAUAUGAAUACAGAUCACCUUUAAAUUUUCAAUAGAAAACAGCUUUGAUAUUCU